AUGCUUCAUGAAUCCAACGCCAACCAAGCAAAGCUUUCGGGGGUUGGCGGAGGCCGUAGAAGUCAGCAGCAAAUGAGUAAUUUUCAGCAGAAGUUGGAUGCUGAAGGGAAGGUCAUUGAGAGCAAAGAUCGUGGUGGCAGCAGAAGAGUGGCUGUGGCGCAAAUGACAUCUGUUGGUGAUGUUGAGAAGAACUUCGCUACAUGCAAAUCGCUUGUGGAACAAGCCGCCGCAGCUGGUGCGGCUCUCAUUUGCCUCCCUGAGUGUUUUUCCUUCAUUGGUGCACGGGAUGGAGAAGCUGCGGCAGUCGCUGAGCCACUCGAUGGUCCAAUCAUGAGGAAGUACUGCCAGCUGGCACGAGAUUUCUCUAUCUGGUUGUCUUUAGGAGGAUUUCAGGAGGCAGGUGGUCCUGACGCAGGCAGGCGUUUUUUCAACGCUCAUGUGCUGGUGGAUGACACAGGGAAGAUUCAAGCAGCGUACAGAAAAAUUCACCUGUUCGAUGUUAAUGUUCCAGGGGGACCAGUCCUGACGGAGAGCAACAGCACAUUACCAGGGUCAGGCGUUGUCUCUGUUAUGUCUCCUGUUGGCAGACUUGGUCUAACCGUUUGCUAUGAUUUACGCUUUCCAGAGUUGUAUCAGCGGCUCCGAUUCGAUCAUCAUUGUGAUGUACUUUUAAUCCCUGCCGCAUUCACCCAAAAGACUGGAGAGGCUCACUGGGAAGUCCUUUUGCGAGCUCGAGCUAUAGAAUGCCAAUGCUAUGUCAUUGCAGCAGCUCAAGCAGGCCGACACAAUGAUCGCAGAGACAGUUAUGGUCACGCCCUUGUGGUAGAUCCGUGGGGUAAAGUUGCAGCUCGUUGCAGUGACUCAGUUGCAACAGGGAUUGCAACUGUGGACAUUGACAUGGACCUUAUUGCGUCCACAAGACAGCGUAUGCCAAUUGAUCAGCACCGCAGAGCAGAGGUGUAUGAGGGCGCAAGACCUAAAGCGUCCACAGAUUUUAGUGACUCCAAGCUAUAA